AAGGAAGGAGAGAAAAUGGCGUCCACGGAUUACAGUACCUACAGCCAAGCUGCAGCCCAGCAGGGCUACAGUGCUUACACCGCCCAGCCCACUCAAGGAUAUGCACAGACCACCCAGCAGGCAUAUGGGCAGCAAAGUUAUGGAACCUAUGGACAGCCCACUGAUGUCAGCUAUACCCAGGCUCAGACCACUGCGACCUAUGGGCAGACUGCCUAUGCAACUUCUUAUGGACAGCCUCCUGCUGUAGAAGGGACCAGUACAGGUUAUACUACUCCAACUGCCCCCCAGGCGUACAGCCAGCCUGUCCAGGGGUACGGCUCUGGUGCUUAUGAUACCACCACUGCUACGGUCACUACCACCCAGGCCUCCUAUGCAGCCCAGUCUGCAUAUGGCACUCAGCCUGCUUACCCAGCCUAUGGGCAGCAGCCGGCAGCCACCGCACCUGCAAGACCGCAGGAUGGUAACAAACCCGCUGAGACUAGUCAACCUCAAUCUAGCACAGGGGGUUACAACCAGCCCAGCCUAGGAUAUGGACAGAGUAACUACAGUUAUCCCCAGGUACCUGGGAGCUACCCCAUGCAGCCAGUCACAGCACCACCAUCUUAUCCUCCUACCAGCUAUUCCUCUACACAGCCGACUAGUUAUGAUCAGAGCAGUUACUCUCAGCAGAACACCUAUGGGCAGCCGAGCAGCUAUGGACAGCAGAGUAGCUAUGGUCAACAAAGCAGCUAUGGGCAGCAGCCGCCCACUAGUUAUCCCCCCCAAACUGGAUCCUACAGCCAGGCUCCAAGUCAAUAUAGCCAACAGAGCAGCAGCUACGGGCAGCAGAGUUCAUUCCGACAGGACCACCCCAGUAGCAUGGGUGUUUAUGGGCAGGAGUCUGGAGGAUUUUCCGGACCAGGAGAGAACCGGAGCAUGAGUGGCCCUGAUAACCGGGGCAGGGGAAGAGGGGGAUUUGAUCGUGGAGGCAUGAGCAGAGGUGGGCGGGGAGGAGGACGCGGUGGAAUGGGCGCUGGAGAGCGAGGUGGCUUCAAUAAGCCUGGUGGACCCAUGGACGAAGGACCAGAUCUUGAUCUAGGCCCACCUGUAGAUCCAGAUGAAGACUCUGACAACAGUGCAAUUUAUGUGCAAGGCUUAAAUGACAAUGUGACUCUGGAUGAUCUGGCAGACUUCUUUAAGCAGUGUGGAGUUGUUAAGAUGAACAAGAGAACCGGACAACCCAUGAUCCAUAUCUACUUGGACAAGGAAACAGGAAAGCCCAAAGGCGAUGCUACAGUGUCCUAUGAAGACCCACCAACUGCCAAGGCGGCCGUCGAGUGGUUUGAUGGGAAAGAUUUUCAAGGGAGCAAACUUAAGGUUUCUCUUGCUCGGAAGAAGCCUCCAAUGAACAGCAUGCGGGGUGGUAUGCCUCCCCGUGAGGGCCGAGGGAUGCCGCCACCGCUCCGUGGAGGUCCAGGGGGCCCAGGAGGUCCUGGGGGCCCCAUGGGUCGCAUGGGAGGCCGUGGAGGAGACAGAGGUGGCUUUCCCCCAAGAGGGCCCCGGGGUUCCCGGGGGAACCCAUCCGGAGGAGGAAACGUCCAGCACCGAGCUGGAGACUGGCAGUGCCCCAAUCCGGGGUGUGGAAACCAGAACUUCGCCUGGAGAACAGAAUGCAACCAGUGUAAGGCCCCGAAGCCUGAAGGCUUCCUUCCACCACCCUUUCCACCCCCGGGUGGUGACCGUGGCAGAGGUGGCCCUGGUGGCAUGCGAGGAGGAAGAGGCGGCCUCAUGGACCGCGGUGGUCCUGGUGGAAUGUUCAGAGGUGGCCGUGGUGGAGACAGAGGUGGCUUCCGUGGUGGCCGGGGCAUGGACCGAGGUGGCUUUGGUGGAGGAAGACGAGGUGGCCCCGGUGGGCCCCCUGGGCCUUUGAUGGAACAGAUGGGAGGCAGAAGAGGCGGGCGUGGAGGCCCCGGGAAAAUGGAUAAAGGCGAGCACCGUCAGGAACGCAGAGACCGGCCCUACUAGACGCAGAGACCCCGCAGAGCUGCAUUGACUACCAGAUUUAUUUUUUAAACCAGAAAAUGUUUUAAAUUUAUAAUUCCAUAUUUAUAAUGUUGGCCACAACAUUAUGAUUAUUCCUUGUCUGUACUUUAGUAUUUUUCACCAUUUGUGAAGAAACAUUAAAACAAGUUAAAUGGUA